UCACACGCGUACGAGCUCUAAUCAGUGAAGUCUUUGUAGUGCGGAUUGGCUGGUUCCCUCCUCCGCGCGCUAGAAGAUCGCUGUGAUUAGUGACGCCAAUCUGGAGCUCUCUAGAGAGCUUCCUAAAGAGUGUGCGAUAUUUGUCAUCAUCAUUGUCAGCACAGGGGGAAUCAGAAGAAAACCGCCAUUGAAGUAAAAUUUUUAAUUGGACGGAAGUGAGACUCUAUUCUUGGCCGUUGAAUAGCCCGACUAAGAAAGGUCCGGCGAGACUCACGAGUUCUGUGGAAUAGUUUGACGGUUAUCGGCAGCAAACAGGGCUUCCAGACGCGAAGAGUCAUUGAAAGAAAAGCAGAAACCCAGCGUGUGGGUUAUGAAGUCGAGAGAGACCCUUGAGAUGUCCGAAAUGAAAUGUUGAAAAGUGUUUGUGUGUUUGUUGCUGAAACCCAGUGAAGGCAGGUCGGAAUCGUGAAGGCAAGAAGCUUGAAUAAAAAUCAAGUCGCAACGCCAAAGAUUUUGCUUUGGACAGCGGCACGUGCUCGGAUAUCGAAUUGGAAUACUAAUUAGUGUAGUCAGUUGAACUGUACGGAGAGACCUUCGUGGAGUUAGAGGCGAACCGCGCGAAGCAUAAUGUCAUCAACAAGUUUGGAUGGCAUAAUCGGCCAGAACCGUCGAGAACUGCCGAGUGGUGCGUCCUCGCUGGAAACGACCCCGACGGAGACCACGGUCGGCGGGGAAGGAGCGGUCAGCGUCGCCGGCGAGGACGAUGCUGAUAUUGAGGGAGGAUCGGAAUCACCGGGCAAAGGAACUGUCGGAAAGUCGUCAGAAGAGGAACCCACCGUUCACCACUGUGGGUGGUUCGGAGUGCGGCCACGCUGGAUCCAGCGGUUCAUGACACCCAAGUGGGCACUGUUUUGGCUGUGCUGGGCGGGGGCCGUGCAAGGCCUGGUCGUCAAUGGUUUCAUCAACGUUGUCAUCACGACGAUCGAGCGACGGUUCGGGCUGAGAUCAACGCAGACGGGGCUGGUGGCCAGCGGGUACGACAUCGCCUCGUUCCUCUGUCUAGUGCCGGUGUCCUACUUUGGGGGUCGCCUCGGAGCGUCCAAACCGCGCUGGAUUGGCUGGGGAGUGGCCGUGAUGGGACUGGGGGCGUUCGUCUUUGCGCUGCCACACUUUUUGGUGGGUCAAUACCGGGCGACCAACUCGGACCAUAACGUGUGCCCGCUGAAGGACGUGGUGGCGGUGGCCGUGGCCGCCACGACCUCGUCGUCCGGGAUGAUCCCGAAUGGGACGACGACGAUGGCGGAGCUGGGUUCUGCUGUGGCCGCGCAAAUGGCACGAGGGGAGGGCUGCUCGCUGGACAAUGGCCUCCCACUGGACCCAGGCGCUGAGGAAAAUCUCUCCUGGAAUGUGUGGUUCUUCUUCACCGCCCAGCUGCUGCUGGGGGCGGGCGCCUCCCCGCUGUACACCCUCGGCGUUACGUACAUCGACGAGAACGUCUCCAAGAAGAUGUCAUCUGUUUAUUUAGGAAUCUACUACACGAUGGCCGUCGUGGGCCCAGCAGCCGGCUACGUAAUUGGGGGACAGCUGCUGCUGUUCUACACCGACAUGUUCGUCGUGGACACGUCGACGUUAGGCCUGACGCCCCACAGCAAGGUUUGGGUCGGAGCCUGGUGGAUCGGGUUCGUGUUUAUGGCCGGAUUUUGCCUGCUGCUAGCGGUACCAAUUUUGGCCUAUCCGAGGGCACUGCCCGGCUCGGAAAAGCUGGAAAAGGUGUCGGAAGCGCACCAGGGAGCUUCGGACGGUGGCGAGCAGACGCGUCAGCAGACGUUUACGAAGAUUCGGGAAAUUCCGAAAGCGUUGGCGGCUUUGCUGAAGAAUCCAACAUUUUUCUUUUUGAACUUGGCUGGCGCUUCGGAGGGACUGGUUAUAUCCGGGUUUGCGGUGUUUCUACCCAAGUUGAUUGAGAACCAGUUCAGCGUAACGGCCGUUUGGUCGGCACUGUUGAUGGGAAUCAUAACGGUUCCCGCUGGUGGUGGUGGAACCUUCCUCGGUGGUUACCUCGUCAAGAAGCUGAACCUGUCCUGUUCGGGAAUUAUUCGGUUUUGUUUGUUUGCAACGGUGUUCGCGGCGUUGUUCACCGUUUGCUUCUUCCUGUCGUGCCCAAAUCUAACGUUCGCCGGCGUAACCGCACCGUACUUCCCCCAGGACAACCUGCGAACACCGGACGCCCGCUCGACGGAGCUGUUCGUACUGCCAAAGACGUUGGACAACGCGUGCAACAACCGCUGUUCGUGCAGCAAGGCCAAUUACGAGCCAAUUUGCGGUGCCGAUGGGGUCAUGUACUACUCGCCCUGUCACGCCGGGUGCUCCGAGGAGGUGAACGUGGUGGGCGCCAAAGUGUACCGGGAUUGCGCCUGUAUCAACGCAACGUUCGGCCCGAGUGAACCGUACCGAAGCUAUGACGCGGUGAACACCAUGUGCGAAUCACGCUGCAACCACCUGUGGAUCUUCGUGAGUCUCUGCUUCCUCGUGAUGUUUUUCACCUUUUUGGCCACGAUGCCCGCGCUGUCGGCCACGCUGCGUUGCGUUCACGAUGACCAGCGUUCAUUCGCGCUCGGCAUCCAGUGGAUUAAGGUUCGCGUCCUGGGAACCAUCCCCGCUCCGAUGAUCUUUGGCCGACUCAUCGACGAAACGUGCAUUCUGUGGCAAGAGUCCUGCGACGGUCACGGAGCCUGCCUGGUGUACGACAACGCGUUCAUGAGCAAGUUCAUGCUACUGCUCGCGCUCAUCGGAAAAGCGUGCUCCAUCUUGUUCUUCUUCGGCGCCUGGUUCUACUACAUCCCACCGAAGUCGAUGACGAACUCGGACAAAAAGCAGCAGCAGCAGCAACAGGUGAACGGUGGAGCCGAAGAUGGCCACGUGCAAAAGUAUUAAUCGGCGUUGAUUCGACGAAGGCGAGACUCGUAAAUGUUCCACUACAAUCAGUCACCACUAGAAAGUAGGAAGGGAAACGUUUUCGUAACAGAUUUUAUAACAUUUUUGUAACAAAACGCAAUCCUAUCAAAUGCCAAAUGUUUUAUAAUCGUUGUAUUUUAGUGUUUGUGAAUGGUACUAUCCUGUUGGGUGUGAAGACAGACACACACUUUCUCUGGUGAGAUUUUUGUUAGAACUGAAUCGUCGUUUAUUUUUACCAAUUUCCACACUUUAUUUGCUAUUACAGACUGAAAGCUUUAAUUUAUUGUAGUACUCUAGAAACGAUAGAUUUUAAACCCGAAACAAUCUCGUGUGGUCAUAUUUGGUGUGCUCGUAGAAUUUAAGUGGACCAUGCUCAUCUCUGGCGUGGAAUUCGAAACAAUAAAGUAGAUUUUAGAUUUAUUCCCAUUCAUCGAUUUGUUAGAGGUGUAUUGAAGAAGACAAAAAAUCAUUCCAUUGUAUAAGGCCAAAACAAAAACUCAGUCAUAUUUCACUGCGAACAGUUUGGAUGGUACUAAGCAUGUGCGGUGUUUGUAGUUUUUAAGGCAACCAUUUAUAAUAAAGUGUCAGUAGAGUUACCAAAAUAAGAAAUAAAAAAA